AUGGAUGACGGUAACGCAUCGGAAGUCAGGUCACCAGCGGGCCUGCCACACGUGUUCUACUCGAACAUCACGAUCCUCCAUCUCAGCUGGCUGAUACUGCCCUUAAUCAGCAUCCUGUUUGUCAGUAGGAUAUUCCGAAAGAAAGCAGCUGAGCCUCCUUCUUUACCAGAGCGCAUACCCUAUGUUUCUAACACGUAUCAAUACCUGACUGACAACCACGGGUUCCUCAAGAGAGCCGCAGAGGCCCUAAAGAAGAGCAACAUUGUCAAGUUCAACCUAGGUCCAGUCCCAGUGUAUCUGGUUUCUGGCUCUCAAAAUAUCCAAAGGCUCUUCCGGAACAGCGCUGGCAGCACUCAACUCAGCUCGGACAAGUUCGUUCUCAUGGUCACAGAAAAGGUUCAUGGAGUUGACCAACAAGAUGCUAAACGAUGGGCCAGCGACAAGACAGGCCGUUUGAAGAUCCCCGCUCCCGGGACCGAGGAUACUCCAGAGGACCAAAGGAUAUGGAGCGGCAUGCAUCAUAUCUUCACGGAGCACCUGUCGCGUGCUGAGCCGACAGCGAAACUGGCGCAGAACUUCACGGCCUUCUUCGGAGAAAAAUUAGAAACCCAGCCGCUGAAUGAGUGGAAAGAAGUGUGCCUCUUCCAGUUCUUGAAGAAGGACAUGACUGAGGCUGCUGUCAUGACCCUGGCGGGCAGGCGGCUUAUUGACAAAUACCCUGAAUUCGUAGACGCUAUGUGGGAGUACGACAAGGUAGCAAUGAAACUGAUGUACGGGUUGCCGACAUGGAUGAAUCCUGGACCCAGAAAAGCGCAGAAAAAGGCAUUAGAUAUGAUGGAGACAUUCUUACAGGACGCAUGGGAUACUUUCGAUUGGGAUGGAAUGGAAGCGGAGGCCGACUGGGAACCGACAUUCGGAUCCAGACUUCAGAGAGAACAUGCCAAGUUCUGGAAGGACAAGAAGUUUUCUAUGAGGUCUCGUGCUGCGCAGCAUCUAGGUAUUCAAUCUGGAUUCAACGUCAACAGCAUCCCCCAGACGGCUUGGGUAAUGAUGGAGCUCGCGAAGAACCCGUCUCUGUGGAGGGCAGUGAAAGAGGAAGUGCAAGGAGCCAUUGUUCCUGACCCUGUUACGUCGAAGCCUGCGAUUGAUGUUACGAAGCUUUUGGCCCUGCCUUUGCUCCAGUCCGUCUACGCAGAGACUAUUCGUCUGCAUGUAUCGAUCAAUGUGACCAGAGAGGUUAUGGAACCCCUCGAAUGGGAUGGAUACGUUCUACCGAAGGGAUCUCUGGUCCAAGCCCCGACACAAAUUGGCUUGCAAGAUGAGUCAGUGUGGGGAGUAGAGGGUCAUCCAACAUCGAGUUUCUGGGCAGAAAGACAUAUCAAAUAUGUUGAUAAGGAGGAUGAGCUUGGGCAUAUCAAAACGGUGAUGGAAUUCUCCAUGGCUGGCAGGCCAAGCGACUACUUUCCGUACGGUAAACCUCACUACCCAUAUUAG